CCACCAACGACACACAGCACCCCCUCACCGCUGCCACACUCCCCCACCCCAGACCAAGGAAUAAAAGAACACCUUUUAAUGAUAGGUCAUAUGGGCGUUCGCAGUUACCAAUCUGGACUUGUUUGAAGACGUUUGGGUAUAACCAGCUGGUCGCCGAUAUCGUCCGAUUACACCAACAGCGCUAUUGAAAGAUUCGUCUUCCAUUUUCAUUAUGGGCUGCUUGUUGACACAGAGAAUCGUGGCUCUUGUUGAUGUUGAGGAGCGCUGAGACAAUUCGAUGGAUUUCAACGCUCUCUUGAAUGCUGAGUCGCGGCUGGAUUGGUGUUGCAGAAAAUAUUAUGCGUGAUGGGAGAUUUUACAUCUUCUACGAUCGGGCCUUAUUGAAGCAGAAACAAAUACUGUUAAACCAAAGGCAUUUGUUGCGACUGAGUAAGCUUUGCGUUUGGAUACUGGCUCAUUAAUGCGUGGUAAAUAAUUGCAUUUCCGGGAUACGGACGGCAGUGAUUAAUGUAAUAUUCAUGAUAACGUCUGAAUAUAAGACUACAGACGUACAUUUCUACUGGGGCCAUUGAGAUAUUUUUGUGAGAUGUCCGUUGGUUGACAGAAUGACUAAAUUAAUAAGUCCAUAACAACAUUUUUUGGAUGCAAAUCGUUUAUUUAUUUGACAUAAAACGUUUGGUGGCUACUGGAAACCGAUCUGCUAAACUGCAUGGAAUUUGUAAACACUUCAAUGUUUUUUGCGCGAUUUCCUUGAUAGCACAGAUUCGUAUUCCCAACAAGACUCGUCAUCUGGCUUGGAGCGCGACGUUACCGUGCAGUGAAAUUGCCAACAUGCCUACUUCACGCACGGGCGCUAGUGCGGUGGAGUACUGGGUGGAUGGGUCGCGUCGGGAUGUCACCGUGGAGGAUUUCUACACCGUGGGAGCAGAAUUGGGAAGGGGGGCUACAUCAGUUGUUUACCGCUGUGAAGAGAAGGAGACGGAGAAGCCUUUUGCCACCAAAGUCCUGAAGAAAACUAUCGACAAGAAGAUCGUGAGAACAGAGAUCGGGGUGCUUCUGAGGCUUUCACACCCAAACAUUAUCCGCUUGAAGGAGAUCUUUGAGACCGAGACUGAGAUUUCUUUAAUCCUGGAGCUGGUCACUGGAGGGGAGCUCUUUGAUAGGAUCGUGGAGAGGGGCUACUACAGUGAGAGAGACGCCGCUCACGUCAUCAAGCAAAUCCUGGAGGCUGUGGCGUACUUACAUAAGAAUGGAGUGGUGCACAGAGAUCUGAAACCAGAGAACCUUCUCUAUGCUGAUAUGUCCUUGGAUGCUCCGCUCAAGAUAGCGGACUUUGGCCUCUCCAAGAUAAUUGAUGAGCAGGUGACCAUGAAAACAGUGUGUGGGACCCCUGGCUACUGUGCUCCAGAGAUCCUCCGUGGCAAUGCGUAUGGACCGGAAGUGGACAUGUGGUCUGUAGGAGUCAUUCUCUACAUCCUACUGUGUGGGUUUGAACCAUUCUUCGACCCGCGGGGGGAUCAGUACAUGUACAGCCGCAUCCUCAACUGUGACUAUGAGUUUGUCUCCCCCUGGUGGGAUGAGGUGUCCCUCAACGCUAAGGACCUGGUGAGUAAGCUGAUUGUCCAGGACCCUCAUAAGCGUCUGACGGUGGACCAGGCGCUGCAGCACCCCUGGGUUCUGGGCAAAGCUGCCCGCUUCUCCCACAUGGACACCACCCAGAGGAAGCUACAGGAGUUCAACGCUCGCCGCAAGCUCAAGGCUGCCAUGAAGGCGGUGGUGGCGACCAGUCGGAUGCACGAGGGCUCGCGGAGGAGGACGGACAGCUGCGAGAUGCCCGGCUCCGACAAAACGUCCCGGCAGAGCAGCAUGCAAACAGAGCCCGUCCUCGAGUCCCAGACUGACCUGGAGGCCGCUGAGCAGACGACGCCGAGCCCUCGCACAGCAGCGGAUAAGCCGGAGGCGUCCGUGCCCACGCCGGUGCCCGCAUGCGCCCCCAGCGCGCCCCUCCUGCCCAUCCACAGCCCCAAGCCCAGCAGCGGCACACCCCCUCCCCCGCCAGCGGCGCCCAUGGGUGCCCUGACCGCACCCCCCCUCACCAGGCCCCCGCUGAAGCAGACCUCGGUCGUCCCAAAGACUGGCGCGUUCCCGCUGCGGCUGCCCAUGAAGAGCUGCUCGGCGGUGGGCACCUCAACGGCGGCCACCUCAGCGGCGGGCACCGGGGAGAAACGUGAGCCAGCGCUGGUGCUACCCUCGCCCCCCAGCCCCAAGGGCCUCAGCAACGGCUUUACCACGGGAGUGGACGCGGGCAGCAAGACUGCCCAGUGUCAGUAAGAGAGGGGUCCCCAGGAUUAAAAGGGGGGGGGCAUUAAGGUGUGAUCACAGUCAAGGCACUGACAUACUGGAACCCCCCCCCCCCCCACACACACACACACACACACACACACAGACACACACACACACACACACACAGGUAAAACACAGACAAAGGGAAUCUCAGACUGUCUUGGACGAGGAGAGGAAGGACUAGAGACCAACUCUGCACAUACGGUCAACCUUUUCUCGCCGUGCACAUUUGUUCUCAAAGGUUGUGUAAUAGACUGCGCUGACAGGCUUCCAACUGCCCGCUUAUGACUUGACUGCCAUGAAAUGCUUUUACCUCCCAUCGUCUCUCAGUGUGUGUCCCUCGAGAGGGACAUCUGAGAAUCAGGUUGAUUGUGUCUCCGUCUUCAUCUGUACAUUUAUAUAAUUGUUAGCAUAUGCAAAUCACAGCAAGCAGCACGCUUCCUUUUAUGCUCUAGAGUGCUCAGAUUAUUGGGAUGUUGUGUUAGUGACCAUAAUAUUAUAUGACUACGUAAUUGUUUUUGGAAUAAUUGGUAAUAGCACCUACUAUUUGUAAAUAUAGUUAUAUUUAAAAUAUAUAUCCUUAUUGUUCUACUUUUAAAAAAAUAAUAAUGUGUCCUCCUUUCAUUUGAAUAUAUGGUCAUAGCACAUUUUGCUGUAAUCUGUGUUGCUCCCUCUCUUCCCGUCCCAUGGUUGGGUACAGCUGGCUACCCAUGAUGCCAUGCUGCCCAGCGCUGCUUCCGUGGCCACCACACUCUCUACCUCCUCUGCAGACAGGGGCUUCCCCUCACGUUCAGCACAUGCCCACCCAAUCAAAGCGCUUCAAAUGUAAAGGGCCAAAACCUUAGAGGUGUCAGACACAAACCCCCCCCCCCCCCACCAAUCGAGGCCAUCUUGGUAAUGACCACCUCUGAAGGGCUAGUUCCUGGGAACCUCAGUCAUCCGAUCGGAUUAAGCUUUUGGUUUUGUUUGCUUCUUUUCCUUUUGCCCUUUAUGUUCUCCUUUUUAUGUUUCCUUUUAAUCAGAGAAAAUGAGUUUUAAUAGCUUGAUUUCAAGUAUCAAUCCCUCUUCUAUCUUAGUCAUUGCCAACAAAAGACAAAACAAUGUUAUGAUGAAUGAUAUCAAGAAGCCAUUGUAUAUACUGUUGACUUGUAAUUACUCAUUACUCAUAAUUGUGCAUAGCAUAACAUAUUUUACAAAUACCAAACAUUGCGUAGUAUAUUGUAUUUAGGUUUAAUAAACAAUAAU